AUGGCCAAUCAUUUCUUCCUUAACGGAGAAAUCCUGUAUAGGAGAACAUCAGAUUUAGGAUUGAUGAGGUGCGUCGACGCCGCAGAAGCGACAAGGCUUUUGGAAGAAAUACAUGCAGGAACAUGUGGACCUCACAUGAACGGGUUCACUUUAGCAAAGAAGAUUUUAAGAGCUGGAUAUUUUUGGAUGACCAUGGAGAGAGAUAGCAUCCGGUAUGUGCAAAAGUGUCAUCAGUGUCAAGUGCAUGGAGAUUUUAUACGGGUUCCACCGAAUGAGCUCAAUGUGAUGGGUUCCCCUUGGCCAUUUGCCGCUUGGGAAUCAAUCAUAACAGAUAGUGCAGCCAACCUUAACAACGAUCUUAUGAAGGAAACUUGUGAAAGGUUCAAGAUUGCUCAUCGAAAUUCCACGGUUUAUCGGCCACAGAUGAAUGGAGCAGUUGAGGCUGCAAAUAAGAAUAUCAAGAAGAUUUUAAGGAAAAUAGUGGACAGUGGCAAUGUAAUACCUGCCGAGGUGGAAAUACCAUUUUUAAGGAUUAUCCAAGAGGUUGGUCUGGACGAUGCAGAAUGUAUACGUAGCAGACAUGAACAAUUGAUGCUCAUCAAUGAAAAGAGGAUGGACGCAAUUUGUCAUGGUCAACUCUAUCACAACAUAAUGACCAAAGCAUUUAAAAAGAAAGUUAAACCUCAACAGUUCACACUGGGGCAGUUAGUAUUGAAGAGGAUCUCUCCUCACCACGGAGAAGCCAAAAGGAAAUUUGCACCAAAUUGGCAAGGACCCUACAUGGUUCAUAUAGUACUCUGUGGAGAAGCGGUAAUCUUAGCAGAAAUGGAUGGCAGAGCUUUUACAUUACAACAGCCCCGCCAGCCGGAGGCUUUACAUUACAAGCUUCACACAGCCAGAUAA